GUUCUUCGCUCCUCGACUGGAACACUUCCAUCUUCUCCUCCUCCAGCUGUGGGUCUAUACCAGUACCAGUGCUUGUGCCAGUGCUUGAAUAUCACCUUUUCCCCCCCACAUUCCUCUCUUCUCUGCACCACCACCACCACCACCACCACCACCAUGUUCUUGUCGUUCCUGCUCACCCCAUGGGCCUUUCUGGUCGUGCCCGUGCUGUUCUAUGUGCUGCCCUACCUCCGCAACUGGUCCAUCCACGACAUCCCCGGCCCCUUCCUGGCCAAAUUCACCAACCUCUGGUACAUGUACGAGUGCCGUCGCACCAGACGCUACCUGACCGUCAAUGACCUGCACAAGAAGCUCGGCAAGUUCGUCCGUGUGCAGCCCGACCACGUCUCCAUUGCCGAUCCCGAUGCCAUUCCCGUCGUCUACGGCCACGGCACCGGCUUCCUCAAGUCGGAAUACUACAAUGCCUUUGUUUCCAUCCAGCGCGGCCUGUUCAACACCAGAGAUCGACAUGAACACACCCGCAAGCGCAAGACCGUCUCCCACACCUUCAGCGCCAAGUCUGUUGGCCAGUUCGAGCAGUACAUGCACCACAACCUCGAGCUGCUGGCCAAGCGAUGGGACGAGAUCAACGAGAAGACCGGCAAGGGCAAGUACACCGAAUUCGACGCUCUCGAGUGGUUCAACUACGUCGCAUUCGACAUUAUUGGCGACCUGGCCUUUGGUGCACCGUUUGGCAUGCUCGAAAAGGGCGCCGAUAUCACCGAGGUCCAGCUCACGCCGAAUGGACCACCGACCUACUCUCCUGCCAUCGAAGUCCUCAACAGGAGAGGUGAAGUCUCCAAUGCCGUCGGAUGCUGGCCCACCAUCAAGCUCUUCGCCCAAUACUUGCCCGAUCCAUUCUUCAGCAAAGGCAUGGAGGCCAUUGCCAAUCUUGCGGGAAUCGCCCAUGCUCGUGUGAAUCAACGCUUGGCUGCUGCCGAGAGAGGCGAGAUUGAACGUGUGGAUCUGCUCGCGAGGCUGAUGGAAGGCAAAGACGAAAAUGGCAACAAGCUCGGAAAAUCAGAACUCACUGCCGAAGCCCUCACCCAACUCAUCGCGGGCUCCGACACCACUUCGAAUACAUCCUGCGCCCUGCUCUAUCACUGUCUGACCAAGCCCGACGUAGUCAAGAAACUCCAACAGGAGCUGGAUCAGGCACUUCCAUCUGAUGAUGUGCCCACGUAUGAGCAAGUAAGGGAUCUCAAAUAUAUGGAUUGGGUGAUCCAAGAGACCCUUCGUAUCCACUCCACUUCCAGCCAAGGUCUUCCAAGAGUGGUGCCAGUCGGUGGUGCCGAGGUCUGUGGACGCUUCUUCCCGCAAGGCGUCGUGCUCAGUGUGCCGGCAUAUGUGAUGCAUCACAGCACGGAGAUCUGGGGUCCAGACGCCGAAGAAUUCCGCCCCGAGCGGUGGGAGAAGGUGACGGAUAGACAAAAACUUGCGUUCAUUCCCUUCUCAUACGGGCCUCGCGCGUGCGUGGGGCGCAAUGUGGCGGAGAUGGAGCUGGCCUUGAUUGUCGCGACUGUUUUCAGGAGAUAUGAAUUUGAGUUGCGCCAGAGUACCCUGGAAACUCGCGAAGGCUUCUUGCGCAAGCCUCUUGGGCUACAGGUCGGCAUGAGAAGACGUAACUGGAAGCAGUAGCGAGGUCAGACAGGUCGGGCAUGAGCUGCGGUGUGUUGUGAUAUACAGGAAAUGAUCAAGAGUGGACCACAUGUAACUAGGUUGUGCAUAUAUCUUCUAGUUCCUGUUUGCUGCCAGUAUAUAUUCAAUGUCGCUGUUGUGGAGCAC